AGUGUUGGAGUGGGGAGGAGCAUUAGCCUCGCAGUCAGAGGAGCUAGCUAGCUUCCUGGAAUAGCUGUGCUGCCAUGUGAUUCCUCAUGGUGCUAUUUUGGAACGCUGCUAGUCCCUACAACACCAGCGCUUCCACUGGAGGAAUAGAGUUAACAGAUAUACCUACUGAUCCCUCUACUAUGCUCUCUGUCCGUCUCUCUUCCUCUCUCUCCUUCGCUCUUCCACUCUCUCUUUCCCUCUCUCUCUCUCCCUCGCUCUUCCCCUCUCUCCAGCUCUAUCUCUCUCACACUCACUCUCUUUCUCUUUCCCUCUCUCUCCCUCGCUCUUCCCCUCUCUCUCUCUUUCUUUCCCUCUCUCUCCGUCCUCUCUUUCAAGUAUAACUCCCGGCGGUUGGUUGUGAGUGUACGUGACCUCUCCCCUCUGACCUUUGACCUCCGUCUUACUGUGACCCCCUCAGCAUGGCCCUGGAGAAGCUGCUAGGCUUUGGGAAGCAGCUGCUGCGUGUCAAGGUGGUGGACUGUAACAGUGAAGAUUCCCGCCUGUCCCGAUGUCUCAACACCUUCGACCUGGUGGCUUUGGGGGUGGGCAGUACUCUGGGAGCUGGGGUCUACGUCCUGGCCGGGGCCGUGGCCAGAGAGAAUGCAGGUCCUGCCAUUGUCCUCUCCUUCUUCAUCGCAGCGCUGGCCUCUGUGAUGGCUGGUCUUUGUUAUGCUGAGUUUGGUGCCCGCGUCCCCAAGACGGGCUCAGCCUACCUGUACAGCUACGUCACAGUGGGAGAACUCUGGGCCUUCAUCACGGGAUGGAACCUCAUCCUCUCUUACAUUAUCGGUACCUCCAGUGUAGCACGAGCAUGGAGCGCUACGUUUGAUGAAUUGAUAGGGAAACACAUAGAAGCAUUCUGCAGACAGCACAUGACCAUGAACGCACCCGGGAUACUGGCAGAGUACCCUGACAUGUUCGCUGUGCUCAUCAUCAUCACCCUCACAGGUCUGUUGUCGUUUGGAGUGAAGGAGUCGGCUGUUGUCAACAAGGUGUUUACCUGUAUUAACGUCCUGGUGUUGUUGUUUAUGGUGGUCUCUGGACUGGUCAAAGGAACCCUGGACAACUGGCAUCUGGACCCUGAUGUCAUCUUACACACCAACUCCAGCCGAAACAUGACAGAGCCCUUGCCGUCGGCGGAGAGUCUAGGAGUGGGCGGGUUCAUGCCAUUUGGCUUCACCGGCGUCCUAUCAGGCGCUGCCACCUGUUUCUACGCCUUUGUGGGAUUCGACUGUAUCGCCACGACAGGUGAGGAGGUGAGGAACCCUCAGAAGGCCAUCCCCAUAGGCAUCGUGUCGUCUCUCCUCAUCUGUUUCGUGGCCUACUUCGGAGUGUCUGCUGCGCUCACCAUGAUGAUGCCCUACUACCUCCUAGACAACAACAGUCCUCUGCCUGCAGCCUUUAAAUAUGUAGGCUGGGAGGGAGCCACUUACGCUGUGGCUGUAGGGUCACUGUGUGCUCUGUCCACCAGUCUCCUGGGCUCGAUGUUCCCUCUCCCUCGUAUAAUAUUUGCCAUGUCUCGCGACGGCCUCCUCUUCUCCUUCUUGGCCCGCAUCAGUGAGAGGAAGACACCCAUCAUGUCCACCAUGGCCGCUGGAGUCAUGUCUGCUAUCAUGGCCUUUCUGUUUGACCUGAAGGACCUGGUCGAUCUGAUGUCUAUAGGAACUCUACUGGCCUACACCCUGGUGGCAGCAUGCGUUCUAGUACUCAGGUACCAACCAGAGCAUCCCAGCUCCUCGGCCUAUCAGAUGGCCAGUACCGUGGAGGAGAUGGAGCUGAGCGACGGUAUCUCCGCCCCCAGUAUGGGCAUCCUGCCUGGUGUGAAGGAGCACUUCAGCCUGAAGACUGUCCUGUUCCCUGUCAACACCGAACCAUCAGCCCUGUCCGGCUUCACUGUCAACAUCACUGUCAGCCUCAUGGGCCUUCUGAUCCUGGUAUUCAGUAUACUGUCAGUACAGGGUGGAUUUGCAGUGUGGAACAUCGUAGCUCUGACCGUCAUCUUCAUGGUGUGUGUUCUCCUCACCUUUAUCAUCUGGAGACAACCAGAGAGCAAGACCAAGCUGUCCUUUAAGGUGCCCCUGUUGCCGUUCAUCCCAGUGUUUAGCAUGUUUGUUAACGUCUACCUGAUGAUGCAGCUGGACAGAGGCACGUGGAUACGCUUCGCUGUCUGGAUGGCUAUUGGGUUUGUGAUCUACUUUGGCUAUGGGAUCCACCACAGUGCUGAGGCUGCUCUUGCCCGCUCCUCUCUUGAGUCUGAUGUAGAGCUGAACGGCUACAUAGCCAGCCACUCACACAACAUGGAGCCCAUGUCUCCUGAGAAAGAGGCGUUUCUACAUAAUGGUCUGGAGUCCCGGGGAGAGGAGGAGGGAGACCUAUAGAGCGCUAGGACCCAGCAGACAACUGCCACAGCCUGCCCUGACCACCCUACAUACCACACCUUAUCACGCCCCUUUGGAACUUUCGUCUGUCUGGAACCUUAAUCAAAACAGGAUAGAACCCUCUUGGAACCGUCUCAUUUUGGGAUGUACCUUGCCAUUUUUUUUAAUAUUUUUUUUUUUAACAGAGUUCCCGGCUUUAGACUUUUUUAGUCUAACAUCUCACAGUGGCGUAUGCACAUGUAGCUUGUCGCAGGUGUUCCUGGGUAGGGAAAAUACAUUUUCUAAUGCAGAAAAAAAAACGGAGUAGAGAAGAGAGGAUAGACUGCUGUUUGUUCCUGAGGGCUUAUUGUGAGCUCCACAGGGGUUUCCUACUACAGACAGGAGAACCAUAUCAACCCAGGGAAACUGAGCAGACAUCUUGGAUCUUGUCCUCCUCCAUUUUAGGGAGAGUGUGGGUUGAUGUGAUGGGAGUGGGGUAUUGUAAUGUUGCUGUUGAGGACUGGGUUUGAUUGGGCCCACUGGGCACACACACACACUGGUUGAAUCAACGUUGUCUCCAAGUCAUUUCAAUUCAGUUACGUUGAACUAACGUGGAAUAGACAUUGAUUUGACGUCUGUGUGCAGUGAGGAUGCUCUACUAACUGGCACACGGUUCUCUCACAGCUCAGGAAGGACUCUCACAGCUCAGGAAAGACUCUCACAGCUCAGGAAGGACUCUCACAGCCCAGGAAGGACUCUCACAGCUCAGGAAGGACUCUCACAGCUCAGGAAGGACUCUCACAGCCCAAGGAGGACUCUCACAGCUCAGGAAAGACUCUCACAGCUCAGAAAGGACUCUCACAGCUCAGAAAGGACUCUCACAGCUCAGAAAGGACUCUCACAGCUCAGAAAGGACUCUCACAGCUCAGGAAAGACUCUCACAGCUCAGGAAAGACUCUCACAGCCCAGGAAAGACUCUCACAGCUCAGGAAGGACUAUCUGUUGGUUAACAUCCUAAUGGAUUAGUUAGGGUUAAGGUUGUGCAUUAAGGUUGUCACUUGAGAGAUGUCAGAAAACAUCACUGAGUCACUCUGAGGACUUUUGGAACUGAGUGACUUAGAUGGCUAGCCAUGGAAUCUCUGUCUGGUAAACUUCAAGAUAAUCAUACUGUUUGAUGAGGCAUAUCUAUACUCUCAACAUUUUCAGAUGAUAGUCAAACUGCUGUUGAGAAAGGUGAACAACAGAUUAUAUAAUAACUACUGCUGGGAUUCUACAUUCAGAUCUGCUAAAACCAUGGAUGAGAAAUGUUACAACCUCCCCUAGCAGGAUAUAGGCUACCUUGUUGUAAACUUCUGUUAUCUCCCUUCUCGCUGUGAUGUAGUGGCUGUGGCUCACCACUAGAGGUCGCUGUGUAUCACACAACAUCAGUGGACCUUUCAAAUGAAAUGAAAUGAAAUUGUAUUCAUCACAUGCGCCGAAUACAACCUUACCGUGAAAUACUUACUUACAAGCCCUUAACCAACAAUGUAGUUCAAGAAAUAGAGUUCAGAAAAUAUUUACUAAAUAUAAUAAAGUGAAAAAAUUUAAUAUCAAAAAAGUAACACAAGAAAAUGACAUAACAAUAAUGAGGCUAUAUACAGGUGGUACCGGUACCUAAUCAAUUUGGGGGGGGGGUACCGGUACCGAGUCAAUAUGUAGAGGUCACAGGUGUGUAGAGGGCACAGGUUUAUGUAAAGUGGGGGUAAUUUGUAAAGUGGCUAUGCGUAGAACAGCGAAUAGCAGCAGUGUAAAAACAAAGGGGGUGUGUCAAUGUAAAUAGUCUGGAAGGCCAUUUGAUACAUUGUUCAGCAGUCUUAUGGCU